AUGGAUUUCAGUGCCUCAUCAGUGUUCGAUCAGCACAAAGGUGAUGCAGCAGAAGAGAUUGACUUGACUGUCGUUUACCAAGCAGCAGCUAAUGGCGAUGUGAACACACUGACUGCAGUGAUUCGAGAGGAUCCUUCCAUCCUGGAGUGCUGCGACAGUGAGGGUUGCACGCCUUUGAUGCAUGCUGUAUCAGGACGCCAGGUUGAUACAGUGAAGCUUCUGUUGAAGAUGGGAGCCAAUAUUAACACUCAAGAUGCUUGUGGACGUACCAGUUUAUCUCUGGCAACUUAUCUGGGCUGGCUGGAAGGCUGUGUCAGCCUGCUCAGGAAUGGUGCUAAGCAGAACAUACCCGACAAAAAUGGGAGGUUGCCGCUACACGCUGCUACCGCAGAGCCUGACGUGAG